AUGUCUACUUUUGGAUUGGAAAAUCAUGAGUGGUUAAAAGAUAUGUACGAUCUUCGAUUUGAUUGGAUUUCUUCUUAUUACCAUGGAGAGAAUUUGGCUGGUCUUAUGCGUACUACGUCUAGAUGUGAAAGCGAGAAUUACUUCUUUGGUCAGAUUUGCAAUCCAAGAUGUACACUUGUUGAAUUUUUCUCUCAUUUUGAGACUGCAAUGGAUAUUCAAAGGCAUGAGCAUAGGAAGAAUGAUCAUGAUACAAGUAAGCAAGAAGAUGGUUUAAGUAUAAGUUGUACUUGCAAACGGUUUGAACAAUUUGGUAUGUUGUGCCGGCAUAUAUUUUAUGUUCUACGGUAUGAUGAUAUAACUGAGUUUCCUAGAAGAUAUGUUCUUAGAAGAUGGAUGAGAGAUGUUGUUUCAAAUGGCUCAAUUCAUUGCAAUAUUCGGUUUGAUGAAAUUGGUAGGAAUAGUGAAAUUGAUGAAGUUUUUAGAGAAAUCGUUGUAGCAAAUGAAUAUGUGGUUAAUAGGGUUCAAUCCCAACAGUCGUGUUGUUACAGAGAUCAUAUUAAAGCUUAUAUUGAUAAAGCGGAUGAGGUUAUGGUUGCUGCGCCGCCUUCUAGUCGCAAAGAUAGGUUUGUUGAUAUUGGAGGGAACAUAGAAAAGUCGGAUGCUAUGAUUCGUGUACCGAUAAAAAUAAGGACAAAAGGAUGUGGUGUACAAAAAAGGAUUAAGUCUAAUCGUGAGAUUGCAAUUCAGAAAUCAUCAAAGAUCCAGAAAUCAUGCCGUGUUUCAGCUCUUUUUGUUAUUGCGGUUUUGUGA